AUGUAUCCCAGGCUGGUUCAUCCUUCCAACUUCGAGCCCACAGUGCCUCUAGUGCUGCUGCUCCUAUGGGGGCCUCUAGGGGCUCAGGCCCAGAAUGACACAGAGCCUAUCGUCCUAGAAGGGAAGUGUUUGGUAAUCUGUGACUCCACUCCCAACUCUGAGCCAGCGGGAAAUGCCCUGGGCAUGUCAGUACGCUCAGGCACGGGCCGGGUGGCCUUCUCUGCCACCCGCCAGACCAACCAUGAGCCCACAGCCAUGAGCAACCCCACCAUGAUCAUCUACUUCGACCAGAUCCUGGUGAAUGUGGGAAAUCACUUUGACCAGGAGAGCAGUGUCUUCCUAGCCCCCAGGGGGGGAGUCUACAGCUUUAACUACCAUGUUGUUAGUUUGAUGGUGAAUGGGUGGCCAAUGAUCUCAGCCUUCACUGGGGACCAGAAUGUGACGCGGGAGGGAGCCACCAACGCAGGCCUGGUGAUCAUGGAGAGGGGAGACAAGACCUACCUCAAACUGGAGAGGGGAAACCUGAUGGGUGGCUGGAAGUAUUACACCUCCUCCGGCUUCUUGGUUUUUCCCUUAUAG